AUGAUUUUAAAGCCCACAGAGAAACAAUGCCAGAAACCACGAACAACCAAAUCACAUUACAGUAUUACCGGCAAAAAGACUAAAAACGGCCUUCAUAAUCCGAAAAUCUCGAAGACAAAAAAGGAACGUACUGAGGAGCAGGACCCAGAAAUACAAGUGCGCAAAAUCGGACUUACCACUUGUAGUAGUACAAUGCCCAAUAUUUCAUUUAAAAGAAUAUCUUGUGAUGUAACCACCAAUAUUAUUCAUCGCGGAAUCCAGCAAUUUACACAAUCAAAUGUAGCCGAUUUUGUCAAAGCUACCAGUAUCCGCCCACCGUACAACUGUUAA